AUGUGUAUGAGUCCGCGACUGGUGCGGGUUAAGACCUUUUUGACCGUCAUUUUCUUCCUUCCGAAUCGAAGUGCAGUGUAUGACUUCCUGCUCUGCCCUCGAACCCUCAUCCGCCACACGUUCCCUGUCCUAGUUGCUCCUGUUUCUUCGCCUCGACCCGUCAUCAUGUCGUUUCUGCUGUUUGUGAGUGAUACAAUCGCCAAUGUUCUGGGUCCUACUAUCGCGCAAAAGCUCUUCGGCGGGCCUGACAGGAACCCCUGGGAGGACUUCGAAAAGGAGCCAACAACUUACAAUGAUUUGCGCACCAGGCUUGAACGAGUGCAGAAGUUAUGCCAAGAAAAGACGUGCACGCCCUGUCAGAAGCCGUGGGACGUUGCCACCUUUGCUGUUGCCUUCAGCCGCUUCCGAGAGUGCCAAGAAAAGCUGGAACCCUUUCCCCUCCCAGCUGACACGGUGCCUGAACUGCCCAUUAAGCUUCUUCCCGAGGAACUGAAAGCCAUUGACCAUUUUCGGCAUCAUUACAUGACCUUCUUCCAGAACCGAAUGGAACAAAUGAACUACGGUGGCUACCCUGGGGAAGAAGAAUACAAGACUUUUCUCAAGUUUGGCUUUGCCAUUUACCAAGCAGCGAGCGAAUGGGCCGUUUGGCGCCGUGACCUUGAGGUUAAGCAGGGACCAGUUCCUAUCCCCGAGCCCUUCGGACACUUUUUUAAAAUGCUUCGCGACCAAUCGAAGCAAGCCGUCAGCAACUACAUGGUAGACAUCGAACGCUACAUUUACAACCCCCAGCGGGAAACCCUGAGCAACUACGAUCCCCAAAAAAAUGCGUUCAAGGCCGCGCCUGAACUUGCGCCCUGGCGCCAAGCCCCACCCACAACCCCGACCGCGGCCAGCGGUCUCAGCUGCCCCAGCCAGCUGCCGACGCCCACGCCGAGCAAUUGAGUGUGGGGAGGAGCCUCGGUUGGCAAGGUACGGGGGUAGCCCCCGUACAACUUCCCGCUGCGCACGUUUCCCGCCUCCUUCUGUGUGCAGAGUCGACCGAUCCACUGGCCACUGAAUCUUGUUAGCGUCAAAUCCGUGCUGGAGCCUGACACAAAUCUUAUCAUUUGAAAAGAAAAAUCUG